AUGGCUGAGCUACAGCUAACUCGAUUCCCAAAGCAUGCUUUCAUGUCUUUGGUCCAUGGUAUUACCAGUUCACUACUUGCGCUCUUGGCUUUGCGCCUGACCAUUGAAUAUUUCCAUCGUCCAUUAGCACAGGCCGUCAUGGCAGGAUUAGAUGUCAUUGCUAUCUUUUGCUUUUUGUGUGGAAUGAUGGCCGUAUAUUUGCUAGCUUUGCUUCGUCCGACUGAAAUCGGUGAAAGUCAGGAGAAUUCCCAUGCUUGUGUUAUAUUCAUGACAUGGGCUUCUUCGGUUCCAUUUUUGCACUUCCAGUUCUUCCAUACACCGCUGCUUCAGCUUACACUGCUAUUUAUUAUGACUUUUCUGUCCGUAUGGUUCAGCUCCUUCGUUCAGUUCUCUUAUAUGCGCCGUGAUUCCAUUGCGGCAUGUUGUCUUUUGUGUGUAAUCGCAAUUCUCCCAGCGAUCUAUGCAAUAUUUCAGCCAACGGCAUGCCGUUAUGAUAUCGCAGCCGAAUAUGUGAAACUCCAUAUAAUGUGGCUAUUGGGGGCUAGCAUCUAUGCAAUGAACCUGCCUGAACGACUCGGGUUCUUUGUUCAUUCUCAUCUCAGCUUGGUGGUUAUGCAUAUUAUUGUCGCUGCGGCAUCUGUUGCAUUCUCGGCAAAUCUGUUAAGAGCUUUCCAAACAAGCUCCCAGUUUACCCAUUUGUGUCGCUUUUAA